UGAGGUUAGAUUGGUAUAACCACAUUUUAACAAUGUCUAAUGUAGAUCUUGGUUUUUUGGAAGAAUGCGAAGAUUGGGAGGUGGAAAGUCGCUUAUUUCCAAGCAAAGUAGGCGGAAAACCAGCUUGGCUCGAUUUAGAAAACUUGCCAAAAGUCGCCGACUUAAAAUGCGACAAGUGUAACCAAGUUAUGAUUUUCUUAUGUCAGGUGUAUGCUCCUAUCGAAGACGAUGAGGACAAUUUCCACAGGACUUUGUACGUAUUUAUUUGCAAGAAUGUCUCGUGUUGCGAGAGAAAUGACAGCGGCAAUAUAAAAGUAUUCAGAAACAGUUUGCCACGAAAGAACAAGUUCUAUGACUUUGAUCCACCUGUUGAUGAACCGGAUGACAGUUUUAGUAUCAACAAAUACUCUCAGUUCUGUAACUUAUGCGGUAUUUUAGCAGAAAAGCAUUGCAGUCAAUGUAAGUCUGUGGCAUAUUGUGAUAGGGAACAUCAAGUUUUAGACUGGAAAGAGGGACACAAAGCAGAAUGUAAAACUAACAAUAAAUCUAACAGAGAAUCAAAGUUAUUGUUUCCACAAAAAGAGAUUGUUAUUGAAUCUGAAAGCUUACAAAAAUGUGAGAGUAAUGAAGAAAAAGAACUUGAAAAAUUCAAGAAAUUAGAAGAGGAAGGCAAAACUGGUACAUUGAAUGACAUUUCAGAAACUGAAUUAGAUGCACAUGCAACCUCAGAUGAAGACAAAGUAUUUUCCAAGUUCAAGAAAAGAGUUGCGGAAAAUCCAGAACAAAUUUUAAGGUAUGAACGCAAUGGGACACCUCUUUGGAUUGCAGCAGAACCAGUUCCAGAGACAGUGCCAAAUUGUGCAUGUGGUGCAAGUAGGCAGUUUGAAUUUCAAAUUAUGCCUCAGUUGUUAAGUUUAUUGAAUGAAAAUGAAUUAGAUUGGGGAGUUAUUGCUAUUUAUACUUGUAGCAAAAAUUGUAAUAUUAUUGAAGGAUAUAAGAAAGAAUUCGUAUUUAAACAAGAUGUAACCUUAAGUAGUUUAUAAUUAAAUAUAUAACUGUCUUGUUAAAAAUAAAUAAAUAAAUAAUUUUGAAACUAAUUUAGAAUUUAGUAUAAAUUUUGUUAUAUUAUACUUUUUGUUGAAGAAAUGUAUGUAGAUCUAAAAAUAAAUUAUUUAAAAUUUGAA